UCUCUUUUAUCAUCUUUUCCUUGUUCUCUCUAUCUCUCCAUGUGCUUUUUGUCUGCUUGUCCUUCAUGAAUACACUUCAUAUUUGGCUUAGCUAGACAUGAGUUUACAUUAUUUAAGGAACGAGGAAAGGGAAGGCUAGGAGAGUGAGUACAAUGUUCAGUGAUGAAACGCUGAAGUUGAUGGAUGGGCUAAGGUGUGGGCCGGACUAUAUUGAAGUUACCUGUGGCUGCACCAGCCGGAGAUUUGGGGACUCAAUUGGUAAGCUCAGGAUAUUCACCUCUGGCCAGUUCCUCAUCACCUGCCAAUGUUCCUUGGGUUGCAAGGAAACAAGAUUGACACCAGAAGAAUUUGAGAAGCAUUCAUUGCGAGGGGGUCAAAAGAAAUGGAAGAGAAACAUAUGGGUCGUGGUGGACAACGUGAAAACACAGUUACUGAAGACUGGCCUGUUGAAGUAUUACAAGCACGGUUCGAACAUGCAAAAUGGGGUGUGCAGCUCUCGCCGCAAAUUGACUUUCCACAGAGAUGAGUUCAUUCGCUGUUCGAGGUGCAAGAAAGAACGCAGGUUUCGCCUUCGGUCCAAAGAAGAGUGCAGAAUCUACCAUGAUGCUUUGGCCAAAAGAAGGUGGAAGUGUUCUGAUGACAUGAUAACCUGCGAAGAGGAAGAAGAGCGAGAGAGCCGCAAAAGCUGCAGGGGCUGUCCCCGGUCUCCAGCAUGCAAGGGCUGCACUUCUUGCGUCUGUUUUGGGUGCUUGAGGUGCCGAUUCCUCGACUGCAACUGCCGCACAUGCGUGGACUACAUGCAGAACGUAAUACCAUAGACGGGCUUCUUAAAAAGAAGCAGAAAGGCUCAUCCUUCCUCUUGCUUUAAUUUAAUAUAACCAUUUUUCUUAAUAGUAAAGCUAAGACCUUCUAUCAAGAGGGUUGGUGAUUUUGAUUUUGCUAUGUCGUUUCUUCUCAAUCUUCAAUAGAUUCGGAGAAUAAGGCUUUUAUGGGAGACUGGCCUCCUAAUUAUCUAAGAAUUCAUCUCUGCCAUGAGAAACGUUUUUAAGUACUAGUCUAAAGUUAAACUUCUUAAUUA